GGAUGAUGUUCAGAUGAGACGGGGGUCAGGUCUCACAUAUUCAAUGUGUCAGUGGGUAAUUUAAUUAUGAGAUGCUAUCAAAUAUUCUGUCCUAAUUCAAAGAGACACAUAGGCGAAAUUGUUUGCUAUUGUUUAGCGGUGCGGGGCCCUUUAAGGAAUUGCAUAUGCUAUUUAAUUAAGCAUUAAAAACAAUAGUGGCACGUUGUAGUCGGAUGAAUGAGUUAGCAGCCAGCAUGUAGCCGCCGUGGCUUAAAGUCGCCGGCUCGUCUCCGCGGGGCUUUUUUGGCUCCAACGGCGGUUUAAAACAACAAAAAAAGGGACACCGCUUGCACUGGUGGCGUGUGUGUAGGUGGGGGCGGAAGGGGGGGUUAGAAUUAACGUUACCGCGACCGCCCCCUUGGCCAACGGAUCCUUGCAACGGUCGCAUUUGGCUGGGCUCCUUCGCCACAGUCAUGUGAUUGUAACGUAAAACCCCCUAACCGGAAAGCAACCGACGACCCUCUCCGCCGCCGAGCGAGCGGCUUACAAAGCUGCUAGGAGCCCGGAGAGGACGGACGUGUCCCCGCCCGGUGACAAACAACCACAAAAAACAAGCGGCGGUGGCGUCAAGGCGACGACAAUUUCGACGCACGAGCAGCGGAUACGGUUGAAGAAUGGAGUUGGCCAACCACGGUCUUAUCCUGCUGCAGCAGCUCAACGCUCAGAGAGAGUUUGGCUUCCUGUGCGACUGCACCGUGGCCAUCGGAGAUGUGUUCUUUAAAGCCCACAAGGCCGUACUCGCCGCCUUCUCCAACUACUUCAGAAUGCUCUUUAUUCACCAGGACAGCGACUGCGUGCGUCUGAAGGCGACGGACAUCCAGCCUGACAUCUUCAGCUACCUGCUCAACCUGAUGUACACGGGCAAGCUGGCCCCGCAGCUCAUCGACCCCACGCGUCUGGAGCAAGGCGUCCGCUUCCUGCACGCCUACCCUCUGCUGCAGGAGGCCAGCCAGUCGGUGUACGCGCACCCGGAGCAGAGCAUCAACCUCUCCACCUCCCUCUACGGCAUCCAGAUUGCCGACCAGAAGGCGGCGCUCUCCGCUCGCUUGCCGCUUUCCUCGCCCGUUGACAUGGAGACGCUGGGCUCGGAGGCCCAGUACCCGUCCGAGGCGGCGGCGGCCAAGCCGGCCGCUUCCCCUCCGGAAGCGGAGGCGUCCACCGGCGGGGUUCAGCCCACCGAAGAGGAGGCGGCGUCGGAGUCCCCGAUCGCCUCCGCCAACGCCAUCCUGCACGUGAAGCCCAGCAUCAUGAAGAGGAGCUCGUCCUUCCGGAAGCACUACUCCUGCCACCUGUGCCGGAGUCGCUUCAACCAGAGGAGCCUGCUGAGGGAGCACCUGCUGCAGCACGCCCAGGCGACGGAGAACCACAAUGCCCUUUCGCCCGUAACGCUCGCCGAGCAGAGCGCGGCGGAGGCCGAGGCGCUGCUGAAGGCGAGCCGAGUCGCCGCCGUGGAGAUCGUCAGCGACGGCGAGCAGACGCUGGCCUCCGGCAACAACUCGGAUUCGCCCCGCGCCGAGGUGUCCGCCUCCGGCUGGGGCGCGGGCAUCCCCAUGGCCCAGGCGGACACGCCGCCCCCCUCGGACAUCGCCGACAUCGACAACCUGGAGAACGGCGACCUGGACCGCGAGCUGAAGCGGCGGAAAUACGAGUGCUGCACGUGCGGCCGCAAGUUCAUCCAGAAGAGCCACUGGCGCGAGCACAUGUACAUCCACACAGGUAAGCCUUUCAAGUGCAGCGCCUGCGGCAAGAGCUUCUGCCGCGCCAACCAGGCCGCCCGCCACGUGUGCCUCAACCAGGGCGCCGACGCCUACACGUUAGUGGACCGCCAGAGCAUGGAGCUGUGCGCGGCCGGUGACGACAGCAGCCAAAUGGAGGCCAUGUUCCUGGCCACGUCCAAGCCGUACAAGUGUAACAUUUGCGCCACCACCUUCUCCAGCCCCGACGAGGUCAUCAAGCACCUGUGCUUCACGCAGGGCGGCCUGGCGGGGCUGCCGGGGGCCGCCGCCGCCCUGAUGCUUCCGCACGACGAGCUCUCCAAAGAUGACGGCUCAGAUCUGUCCAACUCGGGCACGCCGCUCGAGGCCAUCAAGGCCGAGGACCCCCUGGUGGAGUAGAAGCCAAAACUGCCUUUUUUUUUAUUUUACUAAAUUAUAACUCGUGACUAAGCUCAAAGGCCUCAGUCAGGGUUUUGUUUUUGUGCGGAAGAUCUUUGUGUGUGUGUAUGUGUGUGUGUGUGUGUGUGUUCCCCAUUCUCAUCGACUUGAAUAGAACGAGGGGAAAUAAGCGCCAUCCUAUCUUGUCUCUAUGGAAAGCCGUUUUUUUUUGCAUUUUUAUUCAAUAUUCUACUCGUGCAUUGAAAUAUUCAUCUAUGAGUACUCCUUUUAUCCUUGUAAGAUAAUUCAGCGCACCAGUUAGUCUUACUUGUGGUCAUUUUCCACCUCAGUGCGUGCAUUACUGCACACUCAAAGAACAAGCGCACAUUAGUACGAGUACUCUUACUGUACUAGUACUACAUUAGCAGAAAUGUCUUACAGAGGCAGUAGCCGAAAAGAUAUUGUCAUUCUGCGAUUGCGUGUAAUUGUCUUACAAAGUGACAAAGAGCAUUCGAGUACUUGAACGAUGCAGUGCGCGAGUAGGACCCUGGAUAAAUGUUUAAACGACGCGUCCCACGUCACUCGAGCUGUGGCGGGGACGUUAGCGUUCAAAGAGGAAGCGAGGGGCCCGACGUGCAGGUUCGGUGUGUAGUUGUGAGGCCAUUCUUAGAAGCUCAUAAUGCUCUGCUGCAGGGAGACGCUUUAGAAUUGCAGCUGAAGUCCACAAAAGACGCGCACCCGAGACAAUCUGUGAUUUUGACGUCUUCCAUUUUUUGGGGGGUUUUUGUUUUGUUUGGUGAUCGUAAAAUUGAGUGAAAAAAUGUGCACCUUGUUCAUUUGUUAAUAUGGCAUCCACCACUGGGAAGCACACUUAUUUUGCUCAACCUUUAGAUUUUAAUCAAAGAAAAAAGCAUUCGUGAAAACUUGAAUCUUCCCCUUUUAAAUAGUUCUAAUUUUAUACACAGUGGUAUAAUUUACAAAAGAGACUACAGUAUUGUGAUGAAAAUGUAGCUUUCAGAGUCGAAAUAACGGGACGAGACGGAUAGUUUUUAACUGUAGCCUCAAGUUUAGAACAUGUAAUAAUCGUAGUGACUGCCUGAUCAGAUAGGUGUCUUUCAUGGGUUCCAUCUCUAUAUAACAUAAAGCUUGUAUCGUGUUUUUUAUUUGAAUCCCCAACAAACAUUUCUCCACAUUUUCUUCUUUUGUUGAAAGUGGUUCACACAAAGUAAUAUUUGCUAAAACCAAGUAACAUUUUUGUCAAAUUGUAUUGUAUGAUUUUUUUUAAAUCCCCAAACCAAAAAAAGUACAUUUUUAUUUUAAAAUUAGCAGUUGUAAACAUUUGGUCUAUUCCCGUUUUUAAUGACAAAACACGUCUGUCUCAAUUUGUUUUCUCCAAAACACUGUAUUAUUUAUUUUUGUUUUGGGGGUAUAAAAACACGCAAAAUUUGGAGAUGCUUUCCUCUUAUAGUUAUCGUUACUUUCGUUCAACCCAUGUUCUUCUCAUCUCGAAUAAGAUGGUUUGGAAUAUUUGUUGUUCAGAAAAGGUGCAAAGAUGUGGUUGCAGUGUUGCAGUUCUUCCAGUUUUGUGGCUAGAUCGCGCUGCAGUGCGUCACCAUGCACACGUCUGUGUUGCUCACAGGAACAUUUUGAAGAUAUAUUGUUUGAAGCCAUUCACUGCUCGGUGAGUAUGUGGGCAAGACGUGGCUAUCUCAGGAAGAUGACAAAGUUUGACAACGUCCGAUAUACGUUUGUGUCACAUGUUAUGGAGACAUCAGGAUGAGACGAGUCCAUCCCAUAACACAUGCUGAUGUUCCCUCUCAAAGCUCGUCUGACAUCUACUGUGAUCAAUAUGUGCUCUCAGGAAUGUGACUCUUAUUAUUUUUUUCUUCCUUCUAUCAACAACUUUUUUAUAAUAGUGAAGAACAAACAAUAAAAUGUGUCUUUUGAUAACGCUGA